AUGUCUGUUCCGAUCGUCGUUGUUGCAAGCAUUAUCUUUACAUGCUUCGAGUUUAUUCGUCAUAACUCGGCUGCUGCUGCGACACACAUUGCAAGUGGUAUAGACAUCCUGCGAAAUUGGCGUCAGAACCACGGAAAUGGACUGGGGCCCCGUGGCAGGCGAUGCUUCUCAUACGAAGACCACUUCCUGGAAACAGAGCUUGCUCCCAUUCUUACCCUGUUCAAUCUCAACGCGUCGGAGUUCGGGCCACUGCCUCGCAGCAGGUUGAUAUUGCACGAACUAGUGGACGGCGGACCGAAAUUGGCUGAGAAAUUCGAGACUCUACGAGAAGCAAGAGUGGGCCUGGUUGACUUGGUCACAGCGUCUGCGGACCUGUUCCAGAAACUGGACCACAACGCUGAAAUCAGGGCUUCACCCACGGGCGAUCAGAUGGCGGCCUCCGCUGGACUGCGAAGGGGAUUCGAGCUGUGGAAAGCCAACUUCAGGGAUCUGCUCGAGAGGCGAGAGCAUACGUGGAGUUCAGAAGAGAAGGCAGCGGCGAAUGUUAUCCGGAUCAUGCACCUUGGGUCGGAAAUGGGAGUUGCCGCUUAUGUGGUGUCCAGUGAAUGUGACUGGGAUAAAUAUAGGGCACAGUACGAGGAGAUUAUUGGCCUUGCCGAAGAACUGUUGUCGGGCGAUGACGGUCGCAGAACGAUGAGCCUCGACCUUGGACUGAUAUACCCAUUACAUGCAGUUGCUUGGAAAUGUCGGUACCCAGAUCUUCGUCGCAAAGGUCUUGACCUGCUGCGGCGAAUACCCCGGCAAGAAUGGCUUCUGAAUGCUCGACAGUACCAUGCAAUAUUUUCCCGCAUCCUGAAGAUGGAAGAGGACUACGCAAGGGCGGAUAAUAAGGAUCGGCUGCCUCCUGAGGAAGCUCGAGUUCACGACUUCUUCUGCCUACCACAGCCGGGGCUAGAUAAGGACGCUUCGCGCUACGCCGUUACAUUUCUCACCAAGCCAGAUGGUCUCGAAGGGGCGUGGAAUUUCGUCACCGAGCUUUUGCACCUACCCGGUCCAGCUGGUGACCUUCCUCCGUCUAACUUGCUAUCUUGUCGUCACUGGGCCAACUCGGACGCUACUAAUGCAUCUACCACUGCUUCUCUCAAAGCUACUGUCUUCGGACCUUAUAUUUCGUCGAAUAACCACAAGCUUGAAGAGACUUGA